AUGCAACAAACCGAUGAUUCGAAAGCACUUUUAAAAUGUUUCUCUCCUCAAGGUUUCACCAAGAGACCGCUUAGACAUACUACUCAAAAUCAAGAUGUUUUUCCUUCAAAACUCAAAACGGCUAAUUCAAAAUUAGAUUUGAAAAUAAUCAAACUGACUGGAAUAACUGAUAAUAUGGCGAUGAUGCUGAAAGAUUUAGUUCUUCUGUUACCCUACUUAUUUUACCUAAGUGUGAACGGUGACUUAAAUGACGAUCUUUCACGAGGUCUGUAUUUAAAUAAUGAAUCAAUGGUUAUACGUGCAUAUCAGGCAAGUAGUGGAAAUGAUAUUCAGUUUAGUCAUUAUCCAGAAGAUUGUGCCGAAUAUUAUUUAACCGGUUAUAAGUAUGAUGGAAUCUAUGAAAUAUGGCCAAGGGAAGGUAUGUUGACAGUUAACGUACCAUAGACAUUCAGUAAUUUUUCCACUAAACUGUCAAUCAGCUUCGGAAUGGUUUUGAUACUGCAUGUAGCAGAACUAUUUCAUUUUCUUCUCCGAUUAUAACAACUUUUUCUCCAAAGACGCAGUCUCUA